AUGGGUAACUAUAUUAGCACUGCCACAUGCUUUCCAUCUGAUUCUACAGGGAAAGUAAUUCUCUGGGACGGCACGGUUCAGGAGUUCGGCGGGAUCGUGGAAGCUGCAGAGCUGAUGGUGGAGCAUCCGCAGCAAGUGGUCGUGGAGUUCAACGCUGGAGUUAAUCAAAAGAGACUAAUCCCAUUGCCGGCGGACCAUAAACUCGACGUAAAAAAGCUUUACAUAAUGCUACCUAUGAAACGUGGGCAGCCGAUCGCGUUGUCGUCGGAGGAAGCUUGUCGUGUACUGUCGAACGCGAAUUCGGUGUCGAGAUCAAAGUCGAUCUUAUCGUCGUCCCCGAAGUGUGUUCCUUUGUUUGCGAGGAUUUGCACUGCGGAUUAUCGUGUACUCGAAGGGAUGGGACAAAAGUUGCAGUUGCAGAAGAAGGAAAGUGCCGGCGGUGAGAGGCCGGAGGAGAGUGGAUAUUUGACGGAGUUGUUUCCAGAGAGUUGGGAAAAUCCGCCGGUGUAUUUGAAUAGGCAAUUUUCAGGCAAGGGAUGGAAACCCAGCUUGGAUACUAUAAAGGAGAAGAAGGUUGAGAGAGAGUUUAAAAUCCCACAUUGGUUGUUUUAG